AUGUCCAAGAACUCAUCCCCUUUAGGUGCCAUACGAACGGUGUGCUAUGUUGUUAUUCUAGUCGCUGUUCAGCUCACCACACCCUGUAGAACAUACCGCUUGGAUGAAAGACGGCUCUUCCUGGGAUGGCCCCACGCUCGGAAGCCGACUCCCCCCCGAAGUGGCCCCCGCGUAAACGUGCUCAGCGAAAAAUGUAAUUGCAAAGAGUUAGACAAGAACUAUGACGUUAUAGUCAUAGGUGGGGGACACAGCGGCUGUGAGGCCAGCCACAUAAGUGCAAAAAUGAGAGCGAAAACGUUGAUCAUAACUCAGUGUAAGGAUAGCAUCGGCGAAAUGUCCUGCAACCCAUCCAUAGGAGGAAUUGGCAAAGGUAUUCUGGUGAAAGAAAUCGAUGCGUUAGGUGGACUCAUGGGGAAAGUCAUAGAUAAAAGUGGCAUACAUUUUAAAAUAUUAAAUGUGAGGAAAGGUCUGGCUGUUAGAGGACAUAGAGCACAAGCGGAUAGAGAUUUAUACAACUAUCACAUGAAAGAGCAUAUGCUGGGCACGAAAAAUUUGCACAUCCUAGAGAGUACAGUGCAGUCCCUGUUAAUUGAAAAGUGCGGAAAUGGUUCCCCCCAAAGUGGAAGACGCGUUUAUGGAGUGAAAAAUAAAUGCGCGUGUGAAUUUUACGCCAACAGUGUAGUCCUCACCACGGGGACGUUUCUGGGUGGUGUUUGUCACAUAGGGAAGGACAAGUACCUUGGGGGGAGGAUCAAACGGAUGUCCAGGGGGGUGCUCUGGAAAGGGGGGACACAAAGUGGGGAAAAGUCCCCCAGGGGGGAAGACUCCAAUGGGGUGAACCCCCCACCUAGCGACGGAAUAACCUACACGAAUCAUGACAAUCUGGAAAAACAUAACGGCGCCAUUUUUGACCAACUAGUGGAAUCGUCCACGCAAAGCAUUUCGAACCAAUUGAGGGAGAACCAGUUUGAGAUUAAGAGGAUGAAAACGGGAACGCCUCCGAGGUUACACAUUAGCAGCAUUGACUUUGCCUCCCUCGAAAGGGAAGAUAGUGAGAAAGAAAACCCAUUUUAUUUCUCCUUUUUAAAUAGCAACAAAGUUAACAGGAACAAAACAUUACCCUGCUACAAAACGUACACGAAUGAAAGAACCCACGAUUUGGUUAGAACCCAUUUGAACGAGCUACCCGAUUUCGACUGUUAUGAUAAGCUGGGGAAUGGACCCAGAUACUGUCCCUCGAUAGCAAAGAAGGUCACAAAAUUUGCCGAGAAGAAUAAACACAUAAUUUGGUUAGAGCCCGAAGGAUUUCACGACGUGCUCAUCUACCCAAACGGAUUAAGUUCCGCCUUCCCCUUAAACAUACAGAAGGAGAUCGUACAUUCCAUAAGAGGGUUAGAAAAUGCAAAAAUUGUUUUCCCUGCCUAUGACGUGGAAUAUUAUUACGUGAACCCUAAGUGUCUGAAUUAUACCUUAGAGACGAAGAACAUAAAGGGUCUCUUCCUUGCUGGACAGAUUUGCGGCACAACCGGAUAUGAGGAGGCAGCCUGCCAAGGAAUUGUUGCAGGGAUUAAUGCAGCAAUAGGUGCCCAUAGUGCUGAUGAACAGACAAAGGAGCAGUUCGUUUUGAAAAGAAGUGAAAGCUAUAUAGGGGUUCUUAUUCACGAUUUGAUAAAUAAAGGCAUAACGGAGCCCUAUAGAAUGUUUACUUCCAGGGCGGAGUAUAGACUCUACCUCAGACCGGACAACUGUGACAUGAGACUUACCCCCAUGGCGUAUAAGUUGGGAAUAGUAUCCAACGAAAGGAUGUAUAUACUAAGGCAGAAAUAUUCCUCCGUCAAUAGACUCAUUUGUCUCUUUAAGAAGCUGCAACUGAGUGGUUCCCACGAAGGGGAAAAAACACCCCCAACUGACACAUAUGGUAAAGACGCAGAGCAUUUAUUUGUAAAGAAUUCCGUUGAAGCAUUCCAACAGGACGGUAAAAACAACGUCCACCUCGAAUUCACCUCUCGCAAAGGAAGCAUAAACACAUUGUAUACAAUUUUCAGAAGUGGAGUUGAAUACCCUCUUCAUAUUUUGCUGAGCAAACUACAGGAGGUGCACAACUGGAAUGAAGUAAAGAGCUCAUUUUUACCUGAACAAAAUAAUCUUUCCAUUUAUAUGGAAAAAAUGCAGCACUGCGGGUUGUCACUUGACGAAUAUAAUGACCUUCUUCUGAACUGUGCCACCCUCGAAACUGCCUGUGCGGAGGUUAAAUACUCUCCCUACUUGAUUAAACAGAUCAGAGAGGUAGACAAAAUUAGGGACAGCUUUGACUUGGCCAUCCCGUCUGAUGUCACCUACGACAGGUUGAACUUCCCCUACUUGUCCAACGAAGAAAUUGAAAAACUGAACAAAUUCAGACCGCGCACUUUGCACGAUGCCAACCGAAUUGAAGGCGUCACCAUGAGCGCCAUUUAUUAUUUGUACUACUACAUAAAAGGCGACAAAAAUAGGGUUAAAAGAUAG